ACAUCAGUGAGCAGACAACAGAACUAACAAAAAAAAAAAAAAAUCUUUUUUUUAACGUCGCUUAAAAUAUAUACAUAUAAGUCCUUUCAACAGGAUCGAAUUGUAGUGGUAGAACGGUGUCUAUAUAUAAAUAAUUAAACCGACAUUAUAUGUCAAAUAUAAAGCUAGUAUAUAUUUUAUACAUUAUAUAUUCAUUCACAACAUCAGUGAGCAAAAUAUCAGAGCAAAAAAAAAAAAAAUCUUUUUUUUAAGAACGGAUUUUCAACGAAAUCGGAUUGCAGUUGUAGAACGUUGUCUAUAUUUAUAAUUAAAUCGAUAUAAAAUGGAUGCCGAUGAGGCUAACGGGGCCGAUAAGUCACCAGCUGGCAAACGUCGGAAGAUGAAUGACAAUAACGAUCAGGAGAAUGCUAGCUGGAACAAUAUUCUGGCCCAACUAGAGGCGUCGGAGCAAGAGAUGGCGGAGGAGGCACCAGGAGAAGAUGUGUCCGCCAUUCAAGCAGUCAUUGGCUGCAAUGAGUUGCAGAAUAAUAACAAUAAGGAACCGGAACCGAAUGAUCCAGUUGAAUUGCCACCAACUGGAGUUGGCUCAACAACACCAAUACCGAUGCCAAAUGAAGUGGAUGACUUUUUGUCCGGCAGCUCCGUCGCCACAGGCACAUAUAAUCAAGAACAAUUUCUGCCGCCAGGCUCAGUUACACCGAAUCCAACAGGUACACCAACACCAACGCCCAAUGACGAGGAUGACUUUCUGUCCACUGUAGCCGGCAACUCCAGUUCUGACAGCUCCGUCGAAGAAAGUCCAAAUUAUGGAGCAGCUGCCUUGGGGAAUAUUUUUGGUUUGGGACUGCGCCAUGGUAUAUCAUUUGCACUGCCACAGGCCUCGCGUUUUAGACGUUUCUUCAGCGAUUCCGAUUCGGAUGACAGUGAACGUGAUGGUCGUCGUGUCCGAAGACCAACUGUCUUUAGAAUUCAUCUUAAUAAUGAUUUCAUCAUUCACAAUGCCAAUAACGACGAGCACAAUAAUGGUUAUUACUUGCCUGGAUUACGUGAUGCACAGUUGCGUAUGAGUCGCAGCUUAACGAGACGUUUCUCUGACGAUAUUAGCUCUAGCAGUAGGAGCAGCAGCAUUAUGAAUCCAUCCAUUUCCAGUGAUUCUUUUGACGAUGAUAAUGACCCUGGACUAGCCAACAUCACCAACAUGGUGAAUGCGGUGAUUGAGAAACCAAAACCAGCGUACACAUUCAACUUGACCAGAGAGCUAAUGCAACGAGAGAGUAACAACAUAAAUCGCGUAGGCGCGCGCGGUGGUCACAUAUCUGAGCAUAGCUUCAAUAACGCUUUCAAUGGCUCUCGCCAGGUGGUCGAACGGAUGACUUUAUUGGGACGGAUGAACCAUCAUCGGCGUUGUGUGAAUUGUUUGGAUUUUAAUGAAAAGGGUAACUUGAUUUGUUCGGGCUCCGACGAUCGUCACAUUGCCGUUUGGGAUUGGGCCAAAAGGAAGCAACUGCAUAAAUUUAAAUCUGGCCAUGCCUUGAAUAUUUUUCAAACCAAAUUUAUUGAGAGUAAAGGCUACUUGGAUAUUGUGUCGACCAGCCGUGAUGGCCAGGUGAUGCGCUCGAUUGUGCCACCAUCGGGUGCCACGAGCAUCAAGUCCACUCGCCUCUAUUGGCAUGCCGGUUCGGUGCCAAAGAUAGCGUUAGUGCCCCAGUCGCCUCACGAGAUGAUGAGUGCUGGCGAGGAUGCGGCCAUAAUGCAUUAUGAUUUGCGUUCAAGUCAUCCAGCCACAACAUUGGUUCGCUGCAUGAAAUCUGACGACGUUGAUAAUCUUUCACUAAUUGUGCGUCUAUAUAGCAUUGCUCAUCAUCCGCACAUACCGGAAUUCUGUGUCGCCGGCUCGGACGACAAAGUUCGUGUCUAUGAUAAACGUAAGGUGACAAAGCCACUGUACAUAAUGACACCUGAUCCGUAUGAGGAGCAUCUGACUCAGAUCACCUGUGUCGUCUACAAUCAUAGCGGCACUGAGAUAUUGGCCUCCUAUAAGGAUUCUGGUAUCUUUUUAUAUGAUAGUCGCAAUUGUAAUGGCGGCAUUCUGCGUACCUAUCGAGGACACUUGAAUAGUCGUACCAUCAAGGGUGUUAACUUCUUUGGUCCUCAUUCCGAGUACGUAGUGACUGGCAGUGAUUGUGGACACAUCAUAUUCUACGACAAAAAUACUGAAGCGAUCAUUAACUAUGUGAAGGAUGGUCGUAAUAUUGUCAAUUGUCUGGAAUCACAUCCCUCGCUACCGAUCCUGGCAACCUCUGGUCUGGAGCAUGACGUUAAAUUAUGGGCUCCGCAUGGUUCCAACACUGCUCCCUACAAUACAGAUGCCCUGAGGAAACUAUUGACUCGCAACUUCAGCCGCCAGAGCGUUAACACUGGUGAUUAUGGGCGCAAUCAAUUUCAUUCCCUAAUGCGUGAGUUCAUUACCGAUGACGAGUCGAGCGGCUCCGAGAUGGAGGAUGACGGGCUGCUGAACGACAGUGCCUCAACCAGUAGCAGCUCCAGCAGCAGCAGCAGCUCCAGCAGUAGUAGCAGCAGCUCUAGCAGCAGCAGCAGCAGUAGCAACAGCAACAGCAGCACGCCGUACUAUGAAUAUUUUCCACAAGGCAGGCCAAGACGCCAAAAUAAUAAUGUUGAUAGUCCGCGUAGUGCUGCCGCCGCUGCUGCUACGGCUGCGGCUACGGCUGCUACUGCUGCUGCUGCUGCAGCUAAUGAUGCUGCUGCUUUUGCUACGGCUGCUGCUGCUAAUGAUGCUGCUGCUUUUGCUACGGCUGCUGCUGCUAAUGCUUUAGCUGCUGCUGAAGCCGCCACCAAUGCGGCAAAUGGAAUUACCAAUGAUCCAUUAGGAGGAACGUCUUCAGAAGGCGACCAAAGUAACUAACAUUUGUGUAUUUUGUAUAUUGUACAAACAUUAGGGGUCUGGAGGGGGGAGGAGGAGUUUUCCACACACACACACAUCUCUCUCAUUUUCAUACACACACAUAUUUCUCU